AUGGACCAUGAUCAUACUUAUACCAACUACUUCACGAAUGGUGAGCAUGAAGCUGUUGUGACGAAACCACAACGCAGGUGGAAGAGAUUGAGGUUUAAAAAACGUAUCAAGCCUAAGCUAUUCUUAAAGAAAGUUGCAACCAACACACAUGACGUAGCUACCAGUGGCCAUGUUUCCACUGUCAAAGCUGAGAAAGAGAGAAGCGAAUUGUUUGACAGGCAUACUAAUGUUAUUGAAUACGGCCCUUCUGUUCAUGGAUACAACUUUAUCGCAUUUUCUGAGUCGGAUAUCCCCCAAGAACGAUCUGAUGAAAACCCGCCAUUGGUUUCAGAAAAGGAAAGCUCAGAUUCUGAGACAAGUUCAAACAGAUCGAACUUCCAAGAAACAUCCUCUGAGUAUAACUACAACGUGUAUUUGAAUGCGUGGGCUGAUAUUGAAAAUGGCAUAAAGUAUUACAAAACACCAUUCCCAACUAAAACAGAUGAAUUCGGGGAUAUAAGUGUAAGUUCAAUCAUUAAUUUCUUGGAAACUAAGGCAAAUGUCAGACAAGAAAGAAUACGCUGGCAUCCCGAUAGAAUGAAACAGAUCCUGCUAAACUCUGAUAUGUGGGAUGACCAUCAAGAAAAAGAUGUUACUCAUGUAUUCCAAGUUAUCAACGAAGCAUACGAUAGGGUAUAA